AACUCGCGUCGUACCCGAAUCCUCCUUCGGAGAAGCCAGGCGAGACCAAUGAGAGCAGCUGCGACUGUAGCGAUGCCCACGGCAAUACCAACAAUUCCUCCCGUGCUAACAGCUGAGCCACUGCCCUUGCCACCAGCGUUUAAUGAAGAUGAGGUCGAGGUAGAUGCCGUCUUUGUAGUUGUACUUGCACCUGAUGCGAGUCCUGAUGCACCAGGGUCGGCCUUCGAACUAGAAGUAAUAGUUAUCGAGAUUGUAAAUUGGGAGUUAGAUGAGGUGGACGAUGUGAAACUACGGGUUGAUGUAGGGGUAGUUGUUGAAAUCGUAGAAGUCGUAGAAGUCGUAGUCGAUGUUGUCGUAGUUGCGGAAGAUUUCGGGGAGGACGUUGAGGGAGAGGAGCUAGAUGAGGAAAGGGAAGAUGAGGUUAUUGAGCUGGAUGAGCUGGAUGAGUCAGAUGAGCUAGAUGAGGAAAAAGAUGAAGAAAAUGAGAUUAUUGAAGAUGAAGAGCUUAAUGAAGAAAAAGGAGGCGUGGAUGAAGGGGAUGAAGUGUGCAGAGUGGAGGAAGUAAGUGAAAAAGAUGAAAUAGUGGGUGAGGUGGAUGAGGUGGGUAAAGUGGAUGAAGUAGGUGAAACGGAUGAGGUAGGUGAAAUGGACGAAGUAGAUAAAAUGGAUGAAGUAGGUGGAAUGGAUGAAGUGGGGGAAAUUAUCCUUGACGUGGAAGGACUUGACGAAGAAGAGAAACUUGUCUGACUACUGCUUGUCGAUGUAGGCGACAAAGAGGAAAACGUCGACCGCGUCGAAGACGACGAUAACGUACUGGUGGUAGUAGUAGUACCAACAGUCGUCGUUGACGGUGACGGUGACGUUGCGCUAGACGCAGA